AUGGAUGACGCUCAGACAUCUAGCGCCGUUGUUACCGACGCUAGUAAAGAACCUGGGUCUUCAAGGCAGGAACAAUCAAUUAUAAUCCAGGAGAACGAACCAAUGGAAUCUGCUCAUACAGGAACAACUGUUAGUAAUUGUGACGCUACAAUGAGUUGCUCUCAGCAGAAAGAUAAAAAAGAUUCUUUACCAACACAAGAGGAACAAGAAUUGAGUAUGCCGUGCAUAGAUGAAGCUACAGCAGAUACACCAGCUCUUGUUAUGGACAACGAUGAAGAAGUCCAGCCUAUCAGUAAUGUGGAACAUCAAGUACUAUCUAAUCAAGCCAUCUCACAAUUUACUGAACAGCCAGAACCCAUCCAGGAACCACAAAUUUCCGCGGACCCAUCGAUACAGAUGACUGGCGGUAGACAAGAAUCCCACAUGGAUGACGCCGUAAAUAGCGAUUCUACAUCUUAUCACUUACUGAAUUCACUAAAAAUUUCUGCUCAACUAUAUAGUCAAAAGAAAAAGGCACGGCGUUUAAUACCGACUCAAAGAAAAGUUGAGAGAAUAAUGAACCCAAUGAACUCAUCGAAUUCGUUUAAUCAAAAUGGAUCUUUAUCGACGCGCUCAGUGAAAACUGAACAACAACAUCACAUGUCUUAUCAUAAUGAAUACCUACCGACUAAUAGAAGAAACUUAGAACAAGAUUUACUUAUAAAAUCUUCCGAGACCAACAAUUACGAACAACGAGCUAAUUCGCGAACAAUCAGAACGAGUACUCCAUCUAUCGGACAGAAUUCUAUUAUUUCUUCCACUUCGUUGUGUCAGACCUCCAAGAUUCCACAACAGAAACAGACAGAGAGACAGUUGCUAUAUCAGCAAGACUCUCAAAGGCAACCACAGCGACUGAAAAGACGCAUUAACAUCUCGAUAAAGCCAAAAAGCAACCGUCAAACACCUUAUCCUCAAGUGACAAAUAAAACACUGUCACCUAUUCUUAGUAAGGUUCUAAAUUCGGUACGACGAACUUUAUCAAGUACUCGUAACCAAUAUCUUCAGAACGAACAGCAAUUUCAGGAAAAUCAUGGUGAUCGUGAACUUGUUAAUAAAAAUCAUCUACGCCAAAUUGACAAUACGUCGCAGACAGAUGAAGUGAUGGAAGAAAAAACUUCAUCAGGUAACCCGGGUGCAAAUUCCGAUUCCGAUGCUGCUACCGAUAAUGAAGUUAACUCACAUCAUGAGAUGCCUUCAGAUGAAGCAUGUAUUGAAAGAACGAAUAACUUUUACGGCCCUGGAAUCCCUUCUGGAAGUAGCUCUGCAGUCAGAUCGAUAGCUUCACAAAACUCUCCGAACAACCAGAGGCAUUUUAAACUUGUAUUGGAGCAGCAAAUGUUGGACAACUUCGCAGCUCUCUUUACUCAAAUGGAGUCUACUUUGCGUUACACUACUGAUAUGUACAACACCCUACGGGGAUCAAUCCUUGAUGCUGCUAAAGCAUUCAAAAAAUUAUUGCUUGCAGUCAAAGAAUUCAACUCUAUGCAAAAUUCAGCCACAAAUUCAUCUUCUUCACGCAACCAACGAGAAGAUGUGUCGCAGUGCCCUGAAGAAAGACACAAUAACAUAUCAGCACCAUCAACUUCAAGUAAUACCAAACGACAUAGCAAAGAAGUUGCUAACAAUGCACCGAAGAAAAAACGCAAAUUAUGGCGUUUUGUUCUACCACCUGAAUAUGAUCCUCAUGAUACCAGAUGGACAUUAAAGUAUCGAAACAAUCUGCUAGGACUCGUAGAAAUCACGCCUCAAAGUGGUGUUUACGUCAGCUACGGAGACCUCAAAUACUGUCAGCACGUAUCAAUAGAUUGCAAAUCAUUAGCACGACGAUUAUUAGAAGCCAUAUUUAACAGGAACGCGUUGAGUGUUUGUUUAUCAAUGUCUGAAUUAGCGCAAGCUUCUGAUAAUGUUCGGUCUAAUACAAGGCCUAAAUUAGAUGUCCAUGCGGUUACGGUACUGUUGAAUUUCGUUAUAGAGCAUGGAUUGCAACACGGUUGGAACACUGACCUACAACCUAUCCUCAAUACUUUACACAGUAAAAUUAAAGAGCUUCGGUUCAAAUAUGGUGUGAUGGUUGAAUGUUAG